GCUGAAUCAGCAUCCUGUCAGCUGAUCGCUACCAGGAUGCCAGGCAGGACUCUGAGCUGUUACGCGUGACAGAAGGGUACAUUCCUGGUGAUUUCAUCUAAAAAUGGCCACUAAUCCUCCCAAGUUGAACGUUUCGGUUAUUGAUGACGAAAGGCUGCAAAACUUGAAGAACACUUUUGAAAGACAGUAUGGAAGAUCAGCUCUCUUCUAUGCAUGUGCACCUGGAAGAGUCAAUCUCAUAGGAGAGCACAUUGAUUAUUGCGGCUUCUCUGUACUUCCGAUGGCUAUCGAACAGAAUAUCUUCGCCGCUGUCUCACUAAGUAAUUCAGGGUCAAUCCAACUGGCCAAUAUAAAUCCUCUCUACAAGAAUAUUACUCUGUCCUGUUCAGAGGAAAUAGUGAUUGACAGAGAUAACCCCAAGUGGUAUUAUUAUUUCUUAUGUGGAGUUAAAGGCAUUCAGGAGAAGUUUGGGAUCACGCGUUUACCGGGAAUGGUGUGUCUCAUCGAUGGAAACGUUCCACCAAGCUCGGGCCUGUCCAGUUCCAGUGCUCUGGUUUGUUGUGCUGGACUCGUAACAAUGGAGGCAAAUCAGAAGUCCCUCUCCAAGGUAGCUCUCGCAGAGAUAUGUGCCAAAUGUGAGCGCUACAUCGGCACUGAGGGAGGAGGCAUGGACCAAUCCAUCUCCUUCCUGGCAGAGAAAGGAACCGCCAAAUUGAUUGAUUUUGAGCCUUUGAGGGCCACUGAUGUCCGACUCCCUGACGGUGUUGUGUUUGUGAUAUCCAACUGCUGUGUGGAAAUGAAUAAAGCAGCAUCUUCACAUUUCAAUAUCCGUGUGGUGGAGUGUCGGAUCGCGACAAAGAUGCUGGCCCAAGCCAAAGGAUUGAACCAGCAAGGGUUUCUGAAGUUGGCCCAGGUGCAGAAGGAGAUGAAUGCAUCUCUGGAGGACAUGUUGGUUCUGGUGGAGGAAGUGCUACAUCCUGAACCGUACAGCCGAGAGGAGAUCUGCAAGGUUCUGGGCAUCACCUCCCAGCAGCUCUCCACAGAGUUGCUCAGCGCAAAUACUCAACACGUAACUCAUUUCAAGCUGUACCAGCGAGCCAAGCAUGUAUACAGCGAAGCUGCACGUGUGCUACACUUCAAAAACGUGUGUGAUUGUGCACCUAUCAAGUCCAUCCAGUUACUGGGUGACCUGAUGAACCAGAGCCACAUGAGCUGCAGAGAUCUUUAUGAGUGCAGCUGCCCUGAACUGGACCAACUGGUGGACAUUUGCCUGAAAUCGGGUGCUGCUGGCUCCCGUCUGACAGGAGCAGGUUGGGGUGGCUGCGCUGUGUCUAUGGUUCCCAGUGACAAAGUUGAGUCAUUCUUACAAGCAGUGAGGGAAGCCUACUAUCUUCCUGAUCCACGAAGAGCAGCAAUGGAAAAACAAAGUUUGUUUGUAUCGAAGCCUGGAGGAGGCGCUGCAAUUUAUGUAGCGGAAUGACAUGUAUUGGUUUUGUCAUAAACCUAAUCUAAAAUAUACAGUUUUCGCUGGGACCAAAAAAAGCAUGAAAACGCUAUGGUUGUAAAAUUUCAGAGAAAAAUCUGAAUUUAGGGAAUAAAGGGCAACUUUUUAUGCUCAUAUAUUUUUGCAAUGGAUAAUGUGUCUGUCGCUACCUUUGUCAUACCCAUUACAAUUUUUUUUUUACAGUUCACUCUCUUCUCGUUUGUUUUGAAAAUCAAAAGAUGGCUCGAACUCCAAGAUGUAUUUGUGUUGUUGUUGUUGUUAUGUGGCCUCUGGCCACCUAAAUAUUAGGCUGCAGAACCAAGAACCAGGUGGAUCAAUCUCCAACAUAUAGCGGUCCCAAAGCGAUAGCUUCUUAAGAAUCAAGCUACAUUUUGCAAACUGGAGACAAGAGACAAGAGCAGCAACAAGAACAUCCAGUCAUAAG